AGGUGCGGGAGUCUCAGACCUCUAUGAACAGUAAGAUCAGGACUCUGGAGCAGAGCCUGAGCCAGCUGAGCAGCUCGGUGACGGUCGGUCUGGCCGAGGUCUCCGGCCUGAAGGACGCGGACACGAAGCUGUUGGGGGACAUGCAGCGCCUGUCCGCCUACUUUAACUCUCUGCUGAAAGACGCCAUCAGGCACAGUGCCGUGCUGGACCUGCUGCUGGGGGAGGAGGUGCUGGAGUUCCUGGAGUGGCCCGUCGAGGACCAGGAGCAGCACUCUAUCCCGGCCCUGAAGGAGGAGCUGAGGCUCCUGCAGGAGCAGCUGAGAGGACAUGACAAGACAAUCACAUCCCUGCUGGGCGACAAACCAGAAGACAAAGAGGAGGUGCCAUCUGCUGAUCAGCCCUCCCACCUCCUCCCUGAAGACUGGCUCCCUGGCAGCAUGAGGAGGAGCAGCGGUGGAGUUCCAGCAAGGGAACGGCAGCUCCUCCUUCACCCCGGGGGGAGGCAUCCGGGGCACGGAGGAGACGGCAGCGACCUGUGGAACCUGGAGAAGACGGUGGAGGAGCUGGAGCUGAAGGUGCGCCAGCUGGAGGAGAAAUCCCGUAACGCUUCUGCUGAGAGGGAGGCGCCGCCCAGAGGCGUGGAGACGAAACUGCAGGCAGAGGUGAUGUGGCUGAAGAGAGGGCUGGAGGAACAUCUGAGGGUGUUCAAGAACGUCUUCAGUAACGCUGACGUGCUGGCCGGGUCUGACGCCACGCUGGAGCUCGAUAAACUGUGGCAGCUGGUGAAGAACAAAGACGGGAAGAAAGAGAAGAAGAGAGGAGGAGGAGGAGCGGGAAGAGGAGAAAACCACCGGAGCAGGAGGGAUUCAUCGGGUCUGGGUCCAGUGCUGUCCAGCCUAUCAGGAGGCUCCCUGCUGCUCACGGCCGGAUCUCCUCUGCGCGACUCCAACGGCGUCAUCGCGUUUGAAGCGUCACUGAACCAGGGUCAGUUUUACUCUGACGCCGGCACCUUCACGGCUCCAGUGAACGGGAUCUACCUGUUCGUCCUCACCAUGGACCUGAGGCCGGGCCCCGCCCGCAUGGUCCUGACGAGGGGGUCGGGAGGAGCUCCGGUGUCUCUACACCACCGGGAGGAGGCGGAGACGGGGCCAGUCACCGGCGUGGGCCUCCUGCCGCUGAGGGAGAGGGAGGAGGUGAGGUUAGAACUGAGAGGAGGAGCGUGGACAGAGUCAGAGGACAAUGUGUUCACCGUGCUGCUGCUCCAUCAGACCACCUGAGGGCGCUGUGGACCAAUCAGCUGGCAGACAGACGCUGAUCAGAGACUCAAACAAGUCAACGAGAAUUUAACGUUUGCUGAAUUCAAGAUGGUGGAGGUUUUAUUCCAAAGCACCUUAGAGAUUCAUAAAGGGACAAACCGUGCCGAUAAACCUGCGGACUGCAGGCUCAGAUCUAAAAAACCAAAUCUCCAACAUGUCAAACUAGAAGACAUCUGCGUGAAAUUCAACUAAACAAAGAUAAAACUGAGUGUCUUCAGUUUUCAUGUUUGCCUCUUCUAACUCGCUCUAACAGAAGUGUGUGUUUCCGUCUUCACGUGUGUUUAAGGACACAGCUGGAGUCCUCCUGAGCCGGUUCAGCAUGAAGACUGGAGGCAGGGGGACACUUAAACCUGCUCCGCUGAAGCUCCCCGAGUACAUUAUUAGAGCAGAAAUGUAAAAACCAGCUUAUUGUACAAUAAACUGUUUGACCACAUAAAUAACCUUAAAAGCACAAAUUGUAGUUUUUGUGUUCCUGUUUGCCGAAAAAGACAUUUAUAAUGACGACAAGACUGAGAGUGACUUUUAUGACCUUAAAGAGAUUCUGAACGACUAAAACAAGACUCCGGACAACUCAAAAACGACUCAAAAUGACCACAAAGAGAUUCAAAACGACGACAGAGACGCAGAAUAACACCCAGAACAAAGAGAUGGAGAGACUGAAAAUGAGUACAAAACUUAUAAAGCAAGACUCAAAACACCCAAAACAACUGCAGAGACUCAAAGUGACUA